UUCAAUAAUUCCUGUGAGAUCAUUCAUUUUCCCCAUACUCAUGGUCCAUCCAUGUUUUUAGGCUUUCCACUCUGGUGUGACAAACAAAUUCUUGUAGACGAGCCAUAGUUUAUCAAGACUCAAUAAUGUCCCAAACAAUUUCUUGAUUAGCCAAUUAGAUCAAAUGGACUGAGUGAUGUUAGGAGGCAUUAACAAAAAUGCAUCUGGUUUUAACGUGGUUUCAGAAGAAUAUAGAGAAAUAUCCUUGUGCACCCUAAAUAAGUAGAAUUUGCUAUAGGAUAAAUAUGCUUUUUGGAUAUUAACGUUCUGUUUUUUUCCAUUAUGUUUGGCAGAUUUGGUUGCAAUUUCAGAACGAAUGGCAACAGUGAAGCAUAAGAUACUGAUUUUAUCUGGCAAGGGUGGGGUUGGCAAGAGCACAUUCUCUGCUCAACUCUCAUUUGCACUCGCAGCUAUGGAUUUCCAAGUGGGUCUGCUUGAUAUUGACAUAUGCGGCCCAAGCAUCCCCAAGAUGCUUGGCCUAGAAGGCCAAGAGAUUCAUCAGAGUAACAUUGGCUGGUCUCCUGUCUACGUUGAGUCCAAUCUUGGGGUAAUGUCGAUUGGGUUCAUGCUUCCCAACCCAGAUGAACCUGUGAUUUGGAGGGGCCCACGCAAGAAUGCGUUAAUUAAGCAAUUCCUGAAAGAUGUUGAUUGGGGAGAACUUGAUUUUCUUGUGGUUGAUGCCCCUCCUGGGACUUCAGACGAGCAUAUUUCUAUUGGACAAUUCCUCCAAGCGGCUGGAUUAGAUGGUGCUAUCAUAGUGACCACCCCACAACAGGUGUCUUUGAUAGAUGUCAGGAAAGAAGUGAAUUUCUGCAAGAAAGUUGGGAUAGAGGUUCUUGGCGUCGUUGAGAACAUGAGUAGCUUAUGCCAACUAUUGUCAGAUUUCAAAUUCUUGAGGAUGACAGAUGCAGGUGAGCAAAAUGAUGUGACUGAGUGGGUAUUGGAGUAUAUGAGAGAGAAAGCCCCAGAAUUGCUAAAUUUGGUCGCUUGCAGUGAAGUCUUUGAUAGUAGUGGUGGCGGCGCUACAAAAAUGUGCAAGGAUAUGGGUGUUCCGUUUCUUGGGAAGGUGCCAUUGGAUCCUCAUCUAUGCAAAGCAGCCGAAGAAGGUAGAUCCUGCUUCACUGAUAGCAGAUGUGGGGUGAGCGCUCCUGCGUUGAAGAGGAUCAUAGAGAAACUGGUGGCAAGUGAAAUGAUGUCAAGAAUGGAUAAUGGUGCCUAGGUGUUCAAAGUUUUUUUUUUUUGGGUGAUAUUUCCUUUUAAUGCUUUCAGUUUUGAAAACAGUUUUGUUUUCCACAUUAUGUAUUAAUUUUAUGAGCAGAUGGAUAAAUACAGUAAUAG